AUGGUACACACGCUGCUUUCUCUUGCUGGUCUGGCUGCCCUCGUUUCUGCCCUACCUUUGGACCCAAGGCAGACCGUUUCCUGUGUUGAAGGCCUAUACAUUCUUGUCGCCAGAGGAUCGAAUGAAGAUGUUGGCGAGGGCUCUGUGGGAUCAGUUGCAGAUGCCAUUGAAGCUCGUGUGCCGAAUUCCGUAUCACAAGCGAUAGACUACCCAGCUACCAUCAUCGCUCUCGACUCCAACUAUUUCACAUCGGUGGCUGACGGGAUCGAGGAUACUAAGACCAAGAUACAAGACUACGUAGACGCAUGUGGAUCCGCAAGCCGCAUUGCCCUGGUGGGCUAUUCUCAGGGCGGUAAUGUCAUGACCGACACGCUAGCUGGAGGCACUGGCAAACCAGAUCCCAUCGGCGAGGAGUACGCGCAGUACAGUGAGUGGAUGCGACCAUGGUAUCACAUCGUUGUACUGACCAGAGCAGUCGAGGCAGCGGUCGUAUUUGGAGACCCACGUUUCAACGCGGGUCAAGCCUAUAGCGCAGGCAACUCUACCAGUGACGGGAUCUUUGCGCGACACAGCAGCUUGGCAGCGUUGAGCGCUUAUGCUGGCAUUCUGAGGAGCUACUGCGAUGAGGGCGAUCCGUUUUGUGCAAGCGGUGAUGAUCUCGAUGUGCACUAUGCGACCACCGCGAAGUAUACUGAGGCGGCAACCGAUUUUGUAGUUGGAUUGACGACUUGA